CCUUUUAACAAGAAGUAUCUUUCGGAUGUGUAUAAUUCCAGAAUAUAAAAUGCAACAAAGGCAAAGUCGACAAUGUGCUAAAUUGGUUGUACUUUUUUUCGCUUGUUUGGUAAACGUUGCCUCACCGUAUGGCCAGUUUUAUGUUGGCUUUCUUGGUUUCGCUAAUCUGCAAAACCUGAACUACGCUGGCGAAUGCUGUGAUGGGCAGUUGACAGAAGCUGGCUGUUUGGACUUCUGUGAUCUCAUUUUUGAGGUUUCGGUGAAAGGCAUUGAUAGUGAUCCAUCAAAUGGGAAACGCCCUUCCGAACAUCCGAUAGACAACGACAAUGCCAUUCUCUUUCCAACAUCUUACGAAGGAGUCAUCAAUCCAAUUACCUUUGAUUUCCUUCGAUGGACAGGACAUGUCAACAUAACUGUCGAUGUGUAUGAUAUUGAUGACAAUGAUGCGACAUCACCAGAACUUGUCGACAAGUUCCAUUUUGGUUUUGGUCACGAUGAACCGUCCCUUGACUUCAUCUACAUGGAACAAACCGGACAGCGUGCAAGCAAUCCGUCAUUACUUCGGAUGGUUUUCCGGUAUGCCUGUUAUCCGUCCUAUUACGGACAAAACUGUUCCAUUGGCUGUCGAGAUUACCCUAACAACGAGGAAUGUCCAGACACUUCCUUCAACCAUCCCGGAGUCACAGACUGGAUAUCGACCACCACCACGAGGGGUACGACCGACAGACGUUGUGGAUUUACUCGAAAGCCACAAAGCUCCGGGAGUGGAAAUGACAGUGGAAGUCCAUCUAACCCAUGUGGGAAUAGCACGACGGUUACCACAGAGAGAACGACUACCGGAGUGAGAGAAAGUACAACAUUACAGGGGGAAGCUAUUGGGAAAAUGUCUUCUACAGCGGACACUACCAUCAUUCAUCAAUCCGAAACGACAGUAUCUUCGACUCCCAGCACCACAGCUCUUACUUUAUCAACAACAGAGGGAACUUCAUCAAACGGUCACUAUCCACUCUCAAAUAUUACUACAAAUGUACCUAUACUGGACACUUCCAAAACAACGAGUCCAACUUUAGUACAGAAUACAGACAUUUCGACUUCGGAAUAUUUGGAAAUCACUUUAAAACCAGAUAAUAACAUUAUACAUGGAGUAGAUUCCAGUACGGGGUCUCCAAUACAAGUUCUUCUAUCAACAACUAGCACAGAUAAUGGAUUACAAACUCACAAAGCUGAUGGAUUUUAUCAAGGAGCUUUUACUACAAGCACUCACAUCGGCAUUCAAAGUAGCACUGAAAGCCAAACUAAUAACACAGGGCAAAGCAAAAACAGUAGCGAUACCAACGAGGCCGAUAUAAGACACGUGACCCCUUUAAUAGAGCCCACAAUGGCUUUAGAGACAACAACCAGUUCGGGUUUGAACCCAACAAUGUCCCAUGAUCCAAUGGACUACUGGCCAGCUAUUGUUGGAGGUGUGCUUGGAGCUUUGGUCCUGGUGGCGAUUAUAACCUUCACACUCUACUACAGAAAGCAAAAGGCUCAACUAAAGCGACAGGAUAUAUACAACGUAAACCCAAAACGUUGGGCCCUCCAUCCGCCACUGGAAAACGGCACCACGGCAAAAUCAGAUGUAGCCUUAGAAACAGAGCAGGUUUAGACAAGAUAUGACGAUGUCGGGUACUUUCUGCCACCAGAAACACAACAGGUUGUGUUCAUUUUCAAAAGUGUUCACUGUAUUUUAUCACACAAGAGGCUUUAUGCUGGGAUUAUCCACUCACAUCAUGUGGUCCAGGAAACGCCAAGCCGGAUUUUUGGAGGACUAUCAUACAGACGGUCUAUAACACAUGUACAUUAUAUGUUCGUAGGAAACAGGGAUAUAAAUGUCAAGACAUGUGGAUUCAAAAUAGAUGUAUAGUGGGUGUCUUUCGGCUUCAUUGUACAUAUUGGUCACGGAAUGGUGUUACUGUAAGAAUGAUACCUAUCUAUGUGAGAUGUGUUCGAUAUGUUUCGAUAUAUUCUAAACCUGUGAGCGCUUAACCAUUCCGCCCUGUUUCCUGUAUCAUAUGAAUGACUGUAUCACACCUUCAGCAACUUGUAUUCUAUUUUUUUUUUUUUUGUAUAAUCUUGUUUGCAUCAUGCGAUCACUUAUUGUGCGAAGGUUGUGAGUGACGUCACAAAUAUUUCAUUUCAAUUUCGCAAAGCUGGACAUUCAUGAAACCAACAACAAAUUAAGUGUAUUACAUGUAAUUCACAACAUUAUGUUUAGUUAGCAGGUUACUUGAUGGUAGACAGUGACUUCUAGAUGGAGACAUUUAUUCACGACAACAUGUGUUUACAAUAUGGCUACAAACCUAACCGAGAACGAGGCUCUUCUAUAGUGUGUAUCAAUAUGCUACUAUGGACAGUAUAUCAGACCUAUAGUCAUUAUCAUUAAAGCUCUUACUAUAAGCUAAUGGAUAACACCACACAUUAUCUUUGACGAAAAGUAAGUUUCCCAAAGUGCUAUAUUUAUAAUAUAUGUUGCAUUUGCCUAUAAGUCGUUAGUAAACCAAAUUGUAUUGGUGAGUGGUCAGUGUAGGAAUACAGAUCCAGGUGAUGCAGGUUAAACAAUCAAUGACUACUAGUUACGUUCGCCCUAGUGAGUUUUCCAAUGUUAGCAUCUAGUCUCAUAAGCCACUACAUAGAAUAAAGUAACUUCUUUUGUAACGACUUAGAUUUUAUUUUAAAAGAUGUGUCGUCAAAUGUACAGGGAUUCGUUUCCGAAUUUUGAGAAAUGCAAGACAUAACAACAUUAAAAGUCCAGCGUUUAUAAAAAGUCUUGUAAAAAAUCGGGAAUGUCGACAUAGUUUCCGGAUGUGUAUGCAUACUGGUUUAGGGCCGUAGUUAUUCACUAAUAUAAAAGGCCAAUCUUACUCCAAAACCCAGCCCCUAUGAAGUUAUCUAAGUUAGCCUCACUGAUCUGAUCGGUUAGAAAUUAAAUCUGUUUCCAACGAAAUAUCUUUGGAAUAGUUUUCUUCUUAUGUCAAGAUGACUUUUAUUUAGAAUGUAAGAGCUGAUUUUCUCCUGAAAAUAACGUUAAUCCAUUCGAUUGAAACAUGAGUGUAUCCAGGGAAACAGUCGUAUCUACCCGGUAACCAUUUAACACCCCCAUCACUUCUAAUUCAUGCCGGUAUAUCAUGGCGCAUACAAACGGCUUUAACUUUGAAAAAUCAAAAAUUUUGCAACUGUGAACAAUUUUACGACAUCUACACACGUAUACGAUAUAACUUUGUUCAAAAAACGUUGUAUGUGUUUGUUAUCAAUAACGACAUUCUAUUGAUCUGUCACCCAUAUUGUAUUCAUAUCGAAUUUAUCCUACCAUCUGGUAACAGUUUGAUGCUUAAAUAUAAGUUAUAUAUUAGUUUUGUACAUCAUAUUAACAAUUUAUGAUUACAUGUUUUACUGAAAUAAUUUUAUUUUUAUUUUCAUGUGAAGAGCGUUCUGUAGAGUUGUAUAUAUUUGUAUACAUUAUAUGUUGUUUCGGGAAAUUCUAUGAAUAUCCUGUUACAUUUUAUUUCAGAUGCAAUGAAUUAUAUAUUAUACAUGUACGUAUAAAAGUGUUUGAAUAAAAAAUUGCUACGUUAA